UAAGCUGCUAAAUCUGAAUGAGAAAUGGCAUUCUCACUCUCAGCUCUCGCUCCCAAUUCAAUCCCCAAAAUCAACUCCAUAGAUUCUGAAACUAGGGUUAGGGUUAACGUUUUGAAACAAGCAAUUCCAAAUCCCAUUCAUGUCAAAUUGUAUGGAAAGUCUUGUAGUAGUAGUAGUAUUAGAGGCAGCCUUCCGAGGCUGAAUGCAGGAUUCCAUGAGAUUGAACCCGACAUCGACGAAGAUCCAACUGAUCGCUGGGAAACUCGCACUGUUGGCCCUGAAGAGUUUGAGUACGGGAAGUGGGACGGGUAUCAUUCUUAUGUCGAAGGCGAGGAUACAGGAACAAUGUGGGAAGCAUUGUCUGCAGAAUAUGCUGCUUGUGAGCCUCCUACAGGUUUUCAAGGAAUCAUGUCAUGGCUUUUCCUUCCAGCAAUUGCAGCCGGGAUGUACUUCAAUGCUCCGGGAGAGUACUUGUUCAUUGGAGCAGGGUUGUUUACGAUAAUAUUCUGCAUAAUUGAGAUGGAUAAACCUGCAAAACCCCACAACUUUGAACCCCAUAUAUACAAUAUGGAGAGGGGAGCUCGUGACAAGUUAAUCAAUGAUUUUAACACCUUGACAGUAUGGGAGUUCAAUGACAAGUAUGGAGACCUCUGGGAUAUUACAUUGAAGACGGAUGACAUAAUGAAAAGAUGAUUUCCUGUCUGAAUGGAACUGUUAUUGUAAAUUUGUAACUCUAAAGACAACACGAGUAUGGACGGUAUAGUGUUUCCUUUACUGAAUUCAGUUUCUAUAAUUCAGAUUUUCUGUACGCCAAACUUUUCUAUGUUGUAUAGCCAAUGAAAUGAGGAAAUGGCCAAUUCUACAAGCAAGACGUGUUUCUUCUCCUAUGAUUUUGUUUAUGAAGCAAACUGGCAUGGGAU